GAGCCGCGAGCGGAGAUUGCGUGCGCGCGGUAGCGUGUGCGCGCGAGCCUGCAACGCCUCGGGCGGCGCGCCAGGCGGCCGCAGCGGCUCCGGCACCCAGGUAAGCGGCGCGCGAGCAACCCCUCCUGCCCCGCCGCCCCGCCGCCCCGCCCGCGACGCGCCCGCCACCCUUCCCCUCCGGGAUCCGUUUCCUCUCUACGGAGCCCAGGCUGCGGCGAGCACUCAGAGUCGAUAUAUUUUUGCCAUCAUGGAUCGUUUUGGAGAUGUAUCAGAAGGUGAAGUGGACCAUUCUUUCUUUGACAGUGACUUUGAAGAAGAAAAGAAAUGUGAAAGUAACUCAGUUUUUGACAAGCAAAAUGAUGACCCUAAAAGGAGAAUAGACGAAGAUACAGAAAAUGUAAACUUGAAAUUUGGAAUACAAAGAAAGGAGAAUGAAAUAAAAAAGAAAAUUCUUCCAGAAGAACACCCCGUAGAAAAUAAUAUGCGAACCAGAAAUUCUUUAUCAUUGUCCACUUCAAGAUCAAAAAAAUUGUGGGAUGCUACAACAGGGCAUAAAAUACACUUACCCACUCCAAGUAGAAUUCCCAAAAUUGUGAAAGAAGGUGACGAUGAUUAUUAUACAGAUGGAGAGGAGAGCAGUGAUGAUGGGAAAAUGCAGCAUGUCAGGUCCAAGUCAGCUAAACCACCUAAUAACCUUAAAAAAAACAUAAGUAAAAAGUAUUCCAAAAGUAAUUCUUCUUCCUCCUCUUCCUCUUUGUCUUCCUCAUCUUCAAGUUCAGGUACAGAUUGUUCAGAUGCAGGGUCUGAUAACUGUAUUUCUGGUACAUCUCCAUCAUUAAAGAAACGUCUGUCUGGUGUAACCCACUUGUCACCAAAACAGAAAUAUAAAUCAGGAGUAAACUCAACAGGAACACGGCCUUCAAGUACUAAACCAAAAGUCAAUGACUACACUGAGGAAUCUGAAGAUACUGUGACAGAUGUCACUCCUCUCUCAACUCCAGACAUCAGCCCUAUUCAGUCUUUUGAACUGGGAGCAUCAAAUGAUCAAAAAGUAAAAGUUAAAAGGCAAGAAAACGUGAGUCAAGAAGUAUAUGGAAAUGUUGAGGAUUUAAGAAAUAAUUCAAAAUGUUUGAAAUCAACCAAAAAGCGGAAAGAAAAAACUGGGCCUGAUCUCACUCCAGAAUCUUCAGUGUUAGAUUCCAAUGUAGACCACAGUUAUAAACAAAAAGUCUUACAUGACACAAUGGACCUCAAUCAUCUUUUGAAAGCUUUUCUGCAAUUAGAUAAAAAAGGACCGCAAAGACACCACUUUGAUCAGCCUUCAGUAGCACCGAGGAAAAACUACUCUUUCACAAGAGAGGAGGUGAGACAAAUUGAUAGGGAAAAUCAGAGGCUUUUGAAAGAACUCUCAAGACAGGCUGAAAAAUCCGGAAGCAGUAGUACGAUUCCUAGAAGAUCGAUUGUUCAUCCCCCUAAGUUAUGUCACAGUGCCCUCAACAGGCAGAGGGAACAACAAAGGAUUGAAAGAGAAAAUUUGGCUUUAUUGAAAAGACUUGAAUCUGUGAAACCAACAGUUGGUAUGAAACGCUCUGAACAACUGAUGGACUAUCAUCGCAAUAUGGGUUAUCUCAGCUCAUCCCCAUCCACCAGACGAGUGAGAUCAACUCUUGGCCAGUAUAGCCCAUUAAGAGGAGCUUCUAGAACAUCCAGCGCUACCAGUGGUCUCAGUUGUAAGAGUGAGCGACCAGUUUUUGACACAUCCAGUGGCCUGUUGCUAAGACCUAAGCCCCCUAAUGUUCGUACAGCUUGGUUAUAAAAACUCUUUUUACUUUAAA